AUGGUUGCCCACAGACGAUUUCACAAAGACAAAUCUAAUUUCCGUGCCGACGAUAAUGUAAGAGGGAGUGGUGCAAUGAACUUCAGGAGACACAACGCAAAAGAAAUGAAUUAUGAUAUUAGAUCACUCUUGAGUACAUGGAAUCAUCUCCUCAAACAAGUCAAAGUCGUUUUCUAUCAAGGAGUUACCGCUCAACAUGAUGGAUUACUAUCAUACUUCGAAGAUUUGAAGAUUCCUGUUGAGUUCGUUCAAUGGAGAUUCAUUUGCAUAUUACAUCAUUUCACUUUCAGAGAAUUGCCUUUCCCAACAGUAGCUAAAACUCGUGGCCUUAAAAGCGCAUACGAUGAACUUUUCCAAGUCACAUGUCACGGUACUGUUCCAGAGUUUUUCAAAGAUCUCGGAGAGAAUACUCUGUUUAAAGAUGGAACAUCAUUGGUAUAUUUCAUAAGAUCAAAUGAUAUUAAUUCUUUUCAUAUAUUUAGGACCCCACGAAAUGUGCAUUCGUUUCCUCCGUAA